AUGGCGGAACACCAUCAUUUGGCUUUCUUCAUCUUCUUCUUCUUCGCGCAGGCGGCGAUGGCGGGGUGGAGCGGCGGAGGGGAGUGGCGGGUGCUGCGGGAGAGCAUCGGGAUCUCCGCCAUGCACAUGCAGCUGAUGAGAAACGACAAGGUGGCGAUGUUCGACAGGACGGACUUCGGCGCCUCGAACCUCUCCCUUCCCGGCGGGCGGUGCCGGCAGGACCCGCUGGACACGGUCCUCAAGAAGGACUGCACGGCGCACUCCCUCUUCUACGACGUCUCCGCCAACGCGGUGGCGCCGCUGACGGUGCUCACCGACACCUGGUGUUCCUCCGGGGCCGUCCUCCCCGACGGCACGCUGCUCCAGUCCGGCGGCUACAACGACGGCGACCGUGUCGUCCGCUCCCUCGCCCCAUGCGCUUUCCACGGCGGCGCCACCGCUGCCUGCGACUGGGUUGAGCACCCCGGGUACCUCGCCGUGCGCCGCUGGUACGCCACCAACCAGAUCCUCCCCGACGGUCGCGUCGUCAUCGUCGGCGGCCGGAGGCAGUACAGUUACGAGUUCUUCCCCAGGGAGGAGGAGGCGCAGCCCGCGGAGUUCCCCUUCUUGAGGGAGACCCGGGAUGGAGAAGCAGAGAACAACCUCUACCCUUUCCUCCACCUCCUCCCCGACGGCUCCCUCUUCGUCUUCGCCAACACCAGAGCCGUCGCCAUCGACUACGUCACUGGCCGCGUGCUCCGCACCUUCCCAGCCAUCCCCGGUGGCGAGCCCCGCAACUACCCGAGCACCGGCUCCUCCGUGCUCCUCCCCCUCCGCCUCCCCGCCGGCGGCGCCGCCGCCCUGGUGGCGGAGGUGCUCAUCUGCGGCGGCGCCCCGCGGGGGUCCUACCAGCAGGCCCUCAACGGGACCUUCGUCCCCGCUCUUAGAACCUGCGGCAGGCUAGUCCUCACCGACCCGAGAGCUUCCUGGCGGAUGGAGACCAUGCCGGCGGCCCGCGUUAUGGGGGAUAUGCUGUUGCUCCCCACCGGCGACGUCAUUAUCGUCAACGGCGCCGGCAAGGGCACGGCGGGGUGGGAACUGGGCCGGGAUCCUGUCACCUUUCCCUUGCUUUACCGCCCCGACGGCCCCUCCGGUGGGCGGUUCAGCGUCCUCAGCCGCUCUGGUAUCCCCCGAAUGUACCACUCGGCGGCGAUGGUGGACACUCUCGGCCGUGUGCUCGUCGGCGGCAGCAACCCGCACAUAUACUACAACUUCACUGGCGUGGAGUAUCCGACGGAGCUGCGGCUGGAGGCGUUCUAUCCGCCGUAUCUCGACGCGGCGUACGACGGGCGGCGUCCCACGGCCGUCGAGGCGGUGCCGAGGGGGGCAGUGGGCUACGGAGAGCCGCUGGCGGUGAGCUUCGAGGUGGCCGAGUACGAGUCGCAGGGCGGCGUGGUGGUGGCACUGCUGGCUCCGUCGUUCACCACCCACUCGCUGGCAAUGAACCAGCGCAUGGUGGUGCUCGCGGUGGAGAAAGUGGAGUCGGCGGGGGGCGAGGCGUACCAAGCGACAACGGCGGCUCCGCCCAGCGCCAACAUAGCGCCGCCGGGGUAUUACCUACUCUUUGUCGUGCACGCGGGCGUGCCCAGCAAGGGCGUGUGGAUAAAUAUCCACUAA